GUCUCUCGAGAAGAAUGCAGCAACUGUUUAGGUUUUCUGAACACGCCGAAUGGGCAGGCUUUCCUUCGGCAAUGGCAUGUGGAGCUUCAAGCGCGGAAAGGCCAAGACGGAAUUGCAAAGCUCUCGGAAAAGACAAAAUCCAAAGAAUACGAGGACCGGAAGUCAGAGAUCUUCUACCAUUACAUGCAGGGUCGCAGUGCCAAAUGCAUCAAAAAAGAACUUGACCGUGCUGGUUUCGAGUUUUCAGCCUCAUCAGAAAAGACUCUCGCAAACAGAUUAGAGGACUGGGGAUUUACUUUGAAUCCAGAAAUCCGAAAACUUCUCAAGUCAGACCUGCGUAAGCAAGUAGCCCACUUGCUAAAAGUUAAUUGUGAGAACUCUAUUCCUUUGAGGUUGAUUAUUAAAUUAAUUCUUCACAAUUAUUCACAUUCCCUUCGAUUAAAUAUAUACCAUUCACCAACUUUCAACCCUCCUGCCUCGGAUUCUCAGGCCGCACAUCCCGCAUACGAUGCUACCUUCACCCAUGGUAAUGGGGACUUACACCACUUCAAUGAUCCGCAGGCCAGUUUACGCGCUAUCCCGAGUGUCUUGGGUCCACCAACCUUUGUACAGGAGCCAUCAACGCAAGAUUUUGAACUCCAAAUGGAUCUCGACUUGGGCUUCAGCAAUCCGGCACAUCUGGGUGAAACAAAUUUGGAGUUCAGGAGCCAAGAUAUCGCAUCGAAUCCUGUAGAUGUUGAUUCAGGGUACUAUUCGAUGCAGAAUCAAGUCAAUACGGCUUCUCAGGCUGGCAUCAUCAGCCACCUGCCGUUCCACCCCGACAUAUCUUACUUCGAUCCUAACAUUACCGUUGAAAAGGUACCCGAAGCCGAGCAUGGCACCUCUCAAACCGCGGCGGACCUGUACCCCCACUUCAACCACCCCAUGACCUCCGAUGAUUUUCCAAAGAGGGUUUCAAUUCUUCACGUCAUCCCCUGCAAAAGAGACCACACUCCUGUCAGACGGGGUCAGAGCACAAUCUGCGAAUGUGGCGUUCGCCGAGUUCAUGCCACGUGUAUGCGCAUUCCAGACCUCAACGAUCGCCGGAUUUUGGAGCGACUCGAGAGGAUUCACGACAAGGGUGGUGUUGACGGAGCUGGAAACACCGCUCUCCACUACAUUGCAGAGACAGGGAGAAGACAACUACUCGAUUACAUGCUCAACUUCGAAGGUAUUGAUAUACAAUGUCGCAACACACUUGGACAGAAUUUUCUGCACGUUUUAAAUGCCAGUGGUUUUGGUGAAGAGCUGGCCAGCUUCUUGUGGAAGUUCAAGGGCUUUGGUCUCCUAGACCAACGCGACCACCACGGUAGAACUGUCCUACAUGGCCUACUCCGACACCCAAUUAGACAAUCGGUAUGUCGUGAAAUCUGCGAAAUGUAUGGGCCAACCCCUUCUCAUCACCUCGCGCUCCGAGAUAAUGAAGGAAAAGAUGCGGCAAGAUAUCUGGAGGAUGUGUCCAAGCAAAUGUUUCCCUUCGCAUCCUAUGCGCAAGUGGAUUAUGCACAGACAAUUGUACUUCUCAAAAACGAAGCCAAAUCCUUCAUCGUGGGUUGCAGUGCGGCGGAUGAAAGCCAUCCUCGAACUCAUCUGGAAGAAGAGCGUGACCGAAAACAAGUGCUCUCGCAACGUCAAGGACCCAAUACUGAAGAUCUCAGAGGCAAAAACACUCUUCAUUGUUGGGCAUACUGGCCACCGGGCCACACUUCGGCUGAGGAAGACUACCGUGUCCAACAAAUGACACAGGCAUUGGUCAGUGGAGUUGAUAUCAACAGCUACGACAGAGACGGGAGGACACCGCUCAUCACACACAUCUGUCAAAGCCCUCCGAACGAAGAAGAAUCUGCAAUACAUUCCAUCACCGCAUUACUCAUUAAUUACGGUGCCAAUGUGCAGAUGGUCGACCGGAAUGGUCAUUCGGCACUUUAUUACGCGUUGCAGAAGGGCUUCAGUAAAUGUGUCGCGAUUCUCAUCCAGAACGGCGCUCGUGUCAAUCAUCGUGCAGCCGGUGGACGCAGUUUACGAAAGAUAGCACAGAAAAACCUUGAUGAGCAUGCGAGUGCAAGAGACGAGGAAGGCUGUAAGAAGCUCAAACACUGCCUCGCGAUAAUGUUGGCCCUUAUUGAUGGCAAGGCUGUUCUUGACCCGACCCCUCUAGAAGAGCAGGGUAUC